GUUCACCCCAUUUAUAAAGUACCAGUUAGUACCAUUGAAAUUUGUCAUGUCCAGACCAAAUGAGACGUUGGCUAAGCUGCAGGAAGGUAUAAGAUGUGCUGAUGUGAUCGUCACUACAGGCAGUGUAUCAAUGGGAGAACGUGAUCUACUCAAACAAGUCCUCAAAGAAGACUUCAACGCAGACAUACAUUUUGGCAGAGUAAAUCUGAAACCUGGUAAACCCACAACAUUUGCAUCGUGUGAGGGGCCAGACAAACGUUCCAUUCUGUUCUUCUGUCUGCCGGGCAAUCCAGUGUCAGCAAGCGUCACCUGUCACCUGUACGUUUUACCCACACUCAAGCGACUCAGUGGUCAGAUACUGCCAGAGGGCCAGAUUGUCAAAGCUCAGAUUCAAAGUGAGCUGAAGUUGGAUCCUAGAGUUGAGUUCAAGAGGGGAAUUUACCAAGCAGCCAGCAUGGAAACUCCAGCCUCUGUGCACAUUGUUGGUGGCCACAUGCUGAGCAGCAACCUGCUGAGUGUCAGCACUGCCAACUGCUUGGUGCAGCUGCCCAGUAGGACAGAGGAGAGAUCCAUUCUGUACAAGAACAGCUGGGUGGAUUGUUGGCUAACCAAUGAUCUUUAGGGUUUAAUAAUUAUAGUUUUCCUGAAAAUUAUAUAGUUUUAUAGUUCCAUUUGUGUGUGUGUGUGUGUGUAUGGAAACUACUUAUGUCCAGCGGUGCUACGUUAAAGCUAGAUAUUCCUUUAAAAAAAUACUAAACUUUCUAGUGCAUUAGGAACUUGAGUUAACCCUGGAAGUGGCAAAGGGCUUUUUGUUGUCACCUUCUAAUAAAACCUUUGCUAUUGGACAUUAAAUUCAAAUAGGCCAUACUGUAUAUCACAUAAUUUGUGAUGUUUUGCUGUUUAAUUUAAUAUAUAGUUUAAUGACUAAAAAUAUAGUUACAAACUACGAUUUGGCACUUGUGCAUGCCUGCAAUUAUUUAAAAAAAUAAGUUUUUGUAAAAUUAGGAUAUUUUUAUUGUUUUGC